AUGGCCCUUCUCCAGAUCCCAAACCCUGAAUCACGCAGGACGUGGGUCAUCACACAUUACGACUUCGGCUUUCCUACAUUUACUCAGAGUUCCAGAGUCAAAGCCAAGUCUGAUUUUGUUGGUUCUUCGUCUCUUUUAAAGUACAUCUUGCAAGCCUUAAAGAGUAAAGGUCAAGGUUCAAGAUCAAGUGACAUUGAGCUAGUCAUAUUUGAAGAUGUUCGAGAUGCUGAAGAUGCUCUUUAUAACCUCAAUAGAAAAUGGGUAUGUGGCCGUCAAAUUGAAAUACAGUUUGCACAAGGUGACCGCAAAACACCAGGCCAAAUGAAAUCAAAAGAACGUCACCCUUGUUCUCCAAGUGACCAUAGGAGGUCAAGAAGCCCCAGCCAACGGAGAACUCGAAGUAGAAGUUCUUCAUGGGGAAGAAAUAGGAGGCGGUCUGAUAGCCUUAAAGAGUCUCGACACAGGCGACUUUCUUAUAGCCAGUCUAAAUCUCGCUCCAAGUCACUACCAAGGCGGUCUACCUCAGCAAGGCCGUCAAGAACUCCAAGACGGAAUUCUGGUUCUAGAGGACGGUCCAGGUCCAAGUCCUUAGAAAAAAGAUCAAAAUCAAUAGGAAAAUCACAAUCAAGUUCACCUCAAAAGCAGACUAGCUCAGGAACAAAAUCAAGAUCACAUGGAAGACAUUCUGACUCCAUAGUAAGAUCCCCAUGUAAAUCUCCUAAAGGGUAUACCAAUUCUGAAACAAAAGCACAGACAGCAAAACACUCUCAUUUUCGAUCACAUUCUAGAUCUCGGAGUUAUCGUCAUAAAAACAGUUGGUGAACAACAAGAGAAGAGUGCAAGAUAGUCUUUAAUCUAAGUUAUUAAACCUCUCAUUAUGUUAAAUAAAAAUUCUUCAAGGCUUACAGAAAAUGUGAGUUAAUAUUAGUUACCUCUGGGCAUGUACAAGAAACAAAACCUCUCUAGCUUUGAGUUAAUAAAGAUUUGGUCUCCAUUUAAGGGCCCACACCACAAAUUUUGAUGUCUAAUGUUACCAUUUGAUGGACCAUUUUUGUUUACAUUGUGGCAGAAGGGUACUUUUCAAAGGAAAUGCGUAAAAUGGAACUAACUUAGAAAAUUCUACUUUGAUAUAAGUACAGUAGUUCCCCCGUCUCCAUGGAGAUAUGUUCAAAACCCUCCUUGUUCGAUGCUUGAAACCACAGAUUGUACCAAACUCUAUAUAGACUGUUUUCCUCUAUACACACAUACCUAUGAUCAUGAUUAAUUUAUAAUUAGGCGCAGUGAGAUAUAAACAACAAUAAUAAAAUAGACAUAAUAAUAUACUAUAAUAAAAGGUAUGUGAAUGUGAUCUCUCAAAAUAUUGUACUGGCCUCACUCUUUUGAGAUUACAAUGCCUACAUGAUGAGAUGAAGUACUCAGAACUGCAUGCAAUUUAAAACUUAGGAAUUGUUCAUUUCUGGAAUUUUCCAUUUAAUAUUUUUAGAUCACAGUUGAUCAUGCAUAACUGAAACCGUGGAAAGGAAAACCACAGAUAAGGGGGGACUACUGUAUUAGUUAGUAAUAUUAGUAAUACCUUUUAUAAAAAUAUUUUUUACUUUAAAUCUCUUUCAUGUAAAAAGUAAUUAUGACUAUAUAAUUGCAUAGGGCAGACUUAAACUGUUUGACACCUAUGUCUCUUUUGUGUCUUCUGUUUAAACUUGGGCCAAUUCUCAGUGGAGAUUAGUUCAUAUUACAAAAUUCUGACAUCCCUAAAAGUUGAAUUUAUAUAGAGAUCAAUCAUUCAAAAGAUAGAUUCUCUCCUAAGCUCAAAAAAGGUUUUAUUUUUAUUGGGUGGAAAAGCAUAGGUAAGUUGACAUUAAAUUGCAUCCUGUACUAUAUUCAGUCACUUCAGAAAUAGCAAAACAUUUUUUGAAUACUGAAUUUUGAAUGGUUUGAGACUACUAUAAAAAUUGUGGGCAACACUCAUAAUCCAAAAAUAAUCAUAUUAAGCCUUAUCUCUUUAAAGGGUGGUACCCAUUGUAUAAAAAUAAUAUUUUAUACCAUUAUUUCUACAUACCUACUUUUCAUCUACUGCUUAAUUUUUCUUUUUAGAGCUUUAGGUCAAGCCUUUAAAUUGUAUAGAGUAUGUCUUACUACUUUUGGAAGUGUUUAGUUGUAUUAAGAAACUCAAGACUGCAUCCUCAAAAACAAUCCAGUACUUGUAUUUACAUUACACUGCCCUUCGUUUUUUAAACCAAAUAACUUUAUUGCUAUUCAUUGCUUUUGUAGUUGUUAAAAAUGAGAAUUUCUUUAAAAUGUGUUUGUAGUUUAUGUUUUUCAGAGGGUUUUGGUAGUAUUUGUGAUAAAUAUGAUUCUUAUAGGGGAUAUAUUUAUAGAGUUCUACUUGUGUACCUUGUUGAAUUACAUUGAAAAUUAAAAAGUUUUCAGCCCAUACAGUUAAUAUUUGUAUCUAGAGUGCUUAAGAAAAAAAUUUGUCUUAUAGAUUUAGCAUAUAGAAGCCAGUGUUGCUUCUAUUUGUUUUGAAUACAAAUUCCAUUUUUCUUUGAAUUUUAGAUCCUAUGUGUAAGAAACAACUUUACAAAAUGAUUUAUAUACUUGUAAUAUUUGGGCAAGUACCACAAAUUCAUGUAUACUGUACUUCCUGAGUAGAAAUUCUCUAAUCAUAGCAGAAGUUACUUCAGUACUACAACUCUUUGAAGUUCAUGUUCAUUUGUAAUAAAAUUUAGUUUCAAAAUUAUGUGGCACUAUUGAAAAUUUAAAAGACAGUCUGAAAAAAGAGCAAGACAAUUAUUAAUAGUAACUUUUUAUAUUUUCUAAAUAAAUGUUUGGGUUUACAUAUACAGGGAUACCAAAUACAAGGAUUUGAUUGUAGUGUCUUUACUAAGCAUUUAGCCAUUAUUUUAAUAAUUUGAUAAGGCAAUGUUUCUGAACAUGCUGAAUCCUUACAUUUACAUCUCAUUUGGUUUUCCAAAUUGUGAUCCCUAGGCUGGUUAGGAGGAUGCUAUUUGGUUUGAUGGAAAAACUGGAAUGAUAGUAGUUCAUACUUUUUUGAGUAUAUAACUAUGCACUUGGCACUGUUCUGUAAGUUUUACAUUAUUCCCUCAUCACCACAAUAGCUUUAUGAGGUAAAUACCACUGCAGAUACAGAAGUGAGAUGCAGAGAAGUUAAAGGACAUGCAUAAGGUCAACAGCUAUUAAGACUUUGGAGCUGGCGGGUGGCUGGGCUCUAGACUGCCUCUCCCUGACUACUAUGCUUUGCCUUUUUGGAAUAGAAUAGUCUUUGACAGAUAUAUGCUAAACUAAGGUAAUGUUUAGAUGGAAAAGAGAAUUAAAAAUAAAUUGUUAUAGGCUUUAAUGAAAAUAGGUUCAGUGACUCUGAGUGGAAAUUGACUACAAAUUGUACUGGUACCCAGGAAAAUUAUCUUUUGGGUAUAUCUACUCUAGGGUUCACUUUUGUUACAGAAUUAUUUCUUGGAGUACUUAAGAAAGGAUACUUAGUGUAAGAUUGUUAAUAAAUAAAGCAAAUGUUUUACACAUCUGUAAUAAUUUUCUUUAAAGAUAAUAUGUUGACUCAGUUACUUCCCAAGUUUAGUGUAGGGCACUACCUACCUCCAUUUGUUUACAAUGAUAGAGGGUAAGUUAAUGACAAAGAAAAUAAAGAUGGCCACUACCCCUGCUUGUUUUCUUUCUCCCCAUGAGUAAUAUACAGUUUCUAUAUAGCAGCUGAUAUUUGCAUCUGCAAACAGAUAAUGGGGGAUAAUGCCAAAUUUUUUAUUUGGAGUUUAGGAUUUAAUCUUAUGCCACUGGGCUAAUUUAUUUUUAAAUGUGAAUUAUCUUAUUUCAGGACUUUAGAUAUUAUUUGUAGUGUUUACGUGAGAUACAACUAUUCUAAGACAUACUGUUGUUAUAUUACAAAUAAGAAUUCCUGCCUUUAUUCUAAUCCCAUUGCAAAAAGCAAAAUUAGUCAAAGUUUAAAGGAAUAAGCAUUUAGAAAUAUUUUUGUAAUACUUCUAAACUACAUUAAAAUUGUGAUUUCUUAGAGUUAAAAAUUAAUUUUCCAAACGGUGGGAGCAUAUUUGAGGUCUUAUAUAGAUAAAUAUAUGCUACUUCUGGUGCAGAGGAUCAUAAUCUGUCAUGAAACCAAACCUUCAGGUUUAGGCACUGUGGAUUUUCAAACAAGUCCAUGGCUCCCAAGAGUUUAAGAAUCAGUAGUUCAGUGAGAUGUGUGCGUUUGAGUCAGAACUCAUAUGUAUUUGAUUAGGAAACAUUUUCAAGUAAUAAAUGAUUAUGCAACUUAACAUCAAAAUCACUCUCAAUUAAAAAAAA